UGAAACGGCUGCGGUAGCCAAGUGAAGAAGAAAGAAAAAUACUAAAAUAGGCUGAUCGGCGACGGGCGAACAACCCAACUGUGUGCAGAAAUGUCACCUGAGAAUCAGAUACACGAUGUUGAAGUUGCAGAUGAAGAACAAAUAACACCUCUUAUUACCCAUGAUUCUGGAGCAGAUAAAUCUUUAUCAUCACUUCCUAAUCAACGCCUUGUUUCUCUUGAUGUCUUUCGCGGCCUAACCGUUGCGUUGAUGAUAUUAGUUGACGAUGUCGGACGAGCUUUCCCAUCCUUGAAUCAUUCUCCAUGGUUUGGGGUAACACUCGCUGAUUUUGUAAUGCCGUUUUUUCUCUUCGGGGUUGGCGUUUCGAUCGGUCUCGUGUUCAAGGUAGGAGUCUUUCAGAAAGUCUCUAGCAAAUCAAAUGCCACAAAAAAAGUAAUAUGGAGGACAAUUAAGCUUUUUCUUUUGGGGAUCUUGCUACAAGGUGGGUAUUUCCAUGGGCGCGGUCAUUUAACUUAUGGACUUGAUUUAAGCAAGAUACGCUGGUUUGGUGUACUUCAGAGGAUAUCCGUUGGAUAUUUCUUGGCCUCAAUGUCAGAGAUUUGGCUUGUGAACAAUAAUAUUUUAGUUGAUUCACCUGCAGCUUUUGCGAAGAAAUACUCCAUCCAGUGGAUGUUUUCUAUCUUACUUUGCUCAGUAUACCUUUGCUUGCUCUACAGCCUCUAUGUUCCAAAUUGGAAGUUCGAACACUCUAACUUGCUUUGGUCUGGUCGUGUAUCAACUAUUCAAAAUGUUCAUUGUGAAAUGAGGGGUAGCCUUGAUCCUCCUUGUAAUGCGGUGGGUUUUAUUGAUAGAUUAAUUCUUGGUGAAGAUCAUAUGUACCAGCGUCCUGUUUACAGAAGAACAAAGGAGUGCAGUGUCAAUUCUCCUGAUUAUGGACCCUUGCCUCCAGAUUCACCUGGAUGGUGCCUUGCACCAUUUGACCCGGAGGGUAUUUUGAGUUCACUGAUGGCUGCCAUUACUUGUUUCGUGGGAUUGCAAUUUGGGCAUAUACUUGUAAUUUUUCAGGAUCACAAGCAGAGGGUACUCCUUUGGUCUGUAUUUUCCUUCUUUCUAUUGGUAGUCGGAUAUAUUCUGGAGAUUUUAGGAAUUCCUUUAUCAAAAGCACUGUACACAUUAAGCUACAUGUUCAUCACCGCAGGGGCAUCAGGCUUGGUUUUGACCGCUAUAUACUACAUUGUUGACAUAGAACGUCUCAGAAAGCCUACAGUAUUACUACAAUGGAUGGGAAUGAAUGCCCUUAUUGUAUAUGCAUUGGCUGCUUGUGAUAUUUUCCCAGCAGUUAUCCAGGGUUUCUAUUACCGUUCUCCUGAAAAUAACUUGAUUGACACCAGUGAAGCUUUAAUACAGAACAUAUUACAGUCCGAGAAGUGGGGUACACUGGCUUUUGUAAUAAUUGAGAUUUUAUUCUGGGGUCUUUUAGCUGGUUUCCUCCACAAGAAAGGGAUAUAUAUAAAAUUGUAGCGGAUGAUGCAAUCAUGCAAAAGACAAAUGUUAUGUACAUAUAGUACUUUCCUUGUAGAUAUCUUCUAUUAGAAAUCUACAAUGCUUUCCUGGCA